CUCAUUAGAUUCACUUCUCUCUUUACUAACUCUCUCAGCGCACUUCCUCUAUCACUUUGCCCCAGUACAUGGAAAUGGAGGACCAAAUGGAAGGCGGGAAGAGAAGAGGAGCGAGCAGAGAUGAUUUGAUAUCUGAGCGGACAGGCUCUCUAGGAUGCUGUGGUUGGAUCAUUUUCAUCCUCUCUGGCAUCUUCACAGUUGCCCUCUUCCCCCUCACCAUCUGGUUCUGUUUGAAAAUUGUUCAGGAAUAUGAGCGUGCUGUGAUCUUCAGGCUGGGCCGCAUCACUGACAGGAAGGCUAAAGGACCAGGAAUUUUCUUUGUUCUGCCCUGCACUGACUCCUUCGUGAAAGUGGACCUGAGAACUGUUUCCUUUGACAUCCCACCCCAAGAGAUCCUGACCAAGGACUCAGUCACAGUUUGUGUGGAUGGAGUGGUGUACUUCCGGGUCAGUGACCCCAUCGCCUCUGUUGCCAACGUGUCCAACGCUGACUUCUCCACCCGUCUGCUGGCACAAACCACCCUCAGAAAUGUGCUGGGGACCAAGAACCUGGCUGAGCUGCUGUCUGACAGAGAGGGCAUCGCUCACAGCAUGCAGUCCAGCCUGGAUGAGGCCACAGACAACUGGGGCAUCAAGGUGGAGCGUGUGGAGAUUAAGGAUGUGAAGCUGCCACAUCAGCUGCAGAGAGCCAUGGCUGCAGAAGCUGAAGCUGCACGAGAGGCCAGAGCCAAGGUGAUUGCCGCAGAGGGUGAGAUGAACGCAUCUCGUGCCCUGAAGGAGGCGUCCCUGGUGAUCGCAGAGUCCCCGUCCGCCCUGCAGCUCCGCUACCUGCAGACCCUGAACACCAUCGCAGCAGAGAAGAACUCCACCAUCAUCUUCCCUCUGCCCAUGGAUGUCCUGACUCCCUUCCUGAGGAAGUGAUUCCUCACUCAGAUGAUAAUCUGGAGUCAGUGAGAAAGUAACAUAUAGCUUGAAUGGAGUUUGGGUACAUUUCAGGAGGAUGAGUUGUCAGAGAAUAAGAUAAUUGCUAAGCUGCAUGGGCCAUUUUUGUCAGAGUGAUCACAGAAACACCACUGUGGUUUAUUUAGACAAGCUGUGGUCAGGCCAGACCUGCUAAACAACCUGAUUGGGGUAAAUUACUAACAACAUGCUUUAAUUGUGUCUCAUUAUGAAUUUAUAUAUCCUGUUGACCAGUUGCAUACUUUGAUACAUUAAAAUGUUUUAAAACUGUU